AUGGUUGAUACUACAUCUGAUGUUAAUUUACCAGAAAUUGUUGAACAGAAUAUUGUUGAGUCUGAGAUUCAAUUGGUCGAUGCUGAUGUUAAUUUAGUGAAGAACAUUAACAAAGAACUGGAGAGUUUUGUUCAAACAAAUGAAAAAGAUACCACUUGUGAUGUAAUUACAACUUCUUAUGAUCACUCCGAUCCUGCUAAUUGGCCUCAGCUGUUAACUAAUACAGAUAAGUAUGAAAUUGUAAAACUAGGCCCAGUAAGAGUAGAGAAUUAUGAUUUUCCCAUAACUAACUAUGAAAAUGGUCAAAAAAGAAGGUUUACUGCAAAUAAUUACUAUCGUAAGUUAUCAAAUGGUGAUAUGAUUGAUAGAAAAUGGGUUGUUUAUUCCAAAGUUAAAGACUCUGUUUAUUGUUUUCCAUGCAAAAUAUUCCAACAAAAUAAACAAAAUGAAAGUCAUUUGUGUAAUAUUGGUCUAAAAGAUUGGAAACAUCUUUCAGAAAAAUUAAAAUCCCAUGAAAGUUCAAAGAUUCAUUUUCAAUCAAUUCAAUCUUGGAUGGAGUUAAAUGUAAGAAUAUCUAAAAACUUAACAAUUGAUAAAGAACAUUUGGCCAUUAUUGAAAAGGAAAAAAAUCACUGGAGAAAUGUUCUUACUCGUGUGAUUAGUAUUAUUCACUAUUUAUCCAAAAACAAUGAUACGUUCAGAGGACCAUCGGAAGUCUUAUUUACUAAAAGUAAUGGUCAUUUUCUUGGAGCAAUUGAAAUGCUAAAUAAAAUAGUGAAUAUGAAUGAUAAUAACACCCAUAGUCCAGAAAUUCAAGAAUACUUUCUAGAUUUUAUCCCUGUUCAAUCUACUACUGGAUUAAAUUUAUCAAAUGUACUUAUUGAUAAAUUAAAUGAAUAUGGUAUUGACAUUAUGAACUGUAGAGGGCAAGCAUAUGACAAUGGGUCAAACAUGGUUGGUAAAUAUCAAGGGGUACAGACACGGGUAACCAAUCAAAAUCCAAGAGCAUUUUUUACCCCAUGUGCCUCUCAUAACUUAAAUUUAGUGCUUCGAGACGCAGCUAAAAAUUCAUCUAGGGCAUCAACAUUUUUUGGGACAGUACAACGAAUAUAUACUAUUUUUUCUGCAUCAACUAGUCGCUGGGACAUUUUCAAAAAAUUUUGUAGUAUUUUUACAGUAAAACAAUGGUCGGAAACACGUUGGGAAAACCGAGUGAAUAGUGUUAAAGCUCUACGAUUCCAAUUAUCAAAUAUAAUAGAAGCUCUAGAAGAAGUAUCAGAAACAGCUAAUGACUCAAUUGCCAAAAGUGAUGCUAGAUCCUUAAUUACUGAAAUAAGUACAUAUGAAUUUAUACUAAGUCUAAUAAUUUGGUAUGACAUAUUAGUUCAAGUCAACAUAGUAAGUAAGAGUUUACAAGGGAAAGAUGCAGAUAUUAAUAUUUCAAAUGACAUGUUACAAAGUUUAUUAGCUUUUUUGAAAUCUUACAGAGAAUCAGGAUUUAUGAAUGCUAAAAUUAUUGCUAAUAAUUUGGCAGAAGAAAUUGAAGUUGAACCAGUAUUUAAGAAAACCCGACCAAGAAAGAAAAAGAAAAAUUUUGAUUAUGAAGGAAACGAUGAAAGAAUCAAUGACGAAGAAGACAAUUUUAGACAAGAAUAUUUCUUACUAGUUAUAGAUCAAGCAACUAGUUCA